GUAGUGCUUUAUUCAGCAGCAACACAACCGUUUUGCACAGUAUUCAAGUUUCUCUUAUUCUUGGUUACUCAACUCUGCUAUCGUGACACCUUUAUUCACAGUGAGCCCUCAACCUUGAGUGUAGAGAAGACAGAGGUGUUGUCAUGUCAUUGUUCCACUUUGCUGUUCAGAACAAGGGAAGUCAACAGAGAGCAUAUUUUGAAAUAGUCAUAGUUACAUAAUAGUCCUUUUUUUUAAAUAUACUUUUUGGGCCAUUUUUUACCCCUUCGAUGCCUAAGACCGACAAUCCUCUGCAGCCCUUUGACAUCAGAUUGAAUCUCUUCGUCUCCUGUCAUCAGUUGAUGGGAGUGAGAAAGAGAAAGCAACAAGAGAGGCUCCCUGUUCAGCUGCACAAGACAGAGGAUUUGUCCCCUCGUCUCCAGUCACCUGCCUCAGUCACAACCAUGCCGCGGUCGUUCCUCGUCAGGAGUAAAAGGGCCCACCUGCUCGGCCUACCCAAGGACCCCUACAGACAACACCAGCAGCCCCAAACAGACAACCAGCCCGUGCAGCAUGAGCCAGGACAGACCAGGGGGUGGCCCCAGGAUGCUUUGAGCUCUUCGCCCCCCAGGUUAGGGGUAAAAGACCUGCUGGCUUGCUCCCCAGGGGAGGUGGAUGCAGUCUGUUCUCACAGGAACUCUGCAGAUGAACCUUGGCAUUCAGGUACCCAGAACCUUCUAGUUAGCAAGCGUGAAGUAGGUGUCGUUGACAUAGCAAGUAUCUCAGUCCUGAUUUUUAGUGCGGCUCUGUACUCCACAAAGACCCAAAAGAAAACGAUUGCCUGUAAACUAAGAUCAUUCCAAUCAUCCUGUCAUGUUCUAAAAAAAGUGCCCGUGGAGAACAGCAGCGACCCUCUGAGGGUCUCGCCUUGGCCGGCGGACAGACACCAGGUAUCCGAACGAGAGAGACAACUGGAGGCACUGGUCUACUUGUUGCUCAACCACACGUCGCACACCGACCUCCAAUCCCCGAUCAGCGAGUGCCGGCUCUGUGGAAAGUCUCUUUCAGAACUUUUGAUAACAGGAGGUGACCUGCAGGCUCAUCUGCAAAACAACGUCUCCGGCCCAUUGUCAAGAUCUCCCGCCGCCAUCGGCGUGCCCCUCAUGCCCUUUGGCUUCAGAGCGAUAGGCGGCUACGUCAGAGCUAAGGAGCGUAGCUUCAACUGCAAGGUGUGCGGGAAGGCGUUUAAGCGCUCAUCCACGCUCUCCACGCACCUGCUCAUCCACUCGGACACACGGCCCUACCCCUGCCAGUACUGCAACAAAAGGUUCCACCAGAAGUCGGACAUGAAGAAGCACACCUUCAUACACACGGGCGAGAAACCGCACGUGUGCAAAGUGUGCGGGAAAGGGUUCAGCCAGAGCUCCAACCUCCUCACCCACAGCCGAAAGCACAGCAGCUACCGGCCCUUCAGCUGCCCCGGCUGUCACCACAGCUUCCAGCGCAGGGUGGACCUGCAGCGCCACCAAGAGACGCACUGUGGCUAUGGAGACAGGCACAGUCUGAACAGAGAGCACGAGGCAAUGGGGUGACAGCGAAAUUACAUUUGUAAAUAAUGUUUGAUAGUUUAAUGGUCUCAAUUCUCACAUGCUGGAUAAUAAAACCUGAUUGA